GUUACACUCAAACGGUUCGUGUUUUGACAGUAUCGCAACCUUUCUGGGAAGCACAAACCGCAGUGGAAGCUGCAAUAGUAGUUUGCUCUCUGGAUCGGGAUUGGUGUGGCGGCUGUCCCUCUCACUACAAGAGAUCAAACGUGCUGUCUGACCGGCGCACGGCUUAAGGUAGGAAUUUGGGCCGAAAGCGGCUCCGUAUCGAGACUCCUUUGCCAAGCUCAGCCACCAUUACAUCUGGUGUUCAUUCGCUCGGCACCUCACGUUCGGCGGCGCGUGCAUACCUUAUGGCUGAAGAAGCUGAACGUCGGGUCCGUAAGGGGACGAAAAGGUAGGGUAUAAUGCUUGCCGUCUGUGGCUUCGCUAACGGUUAUACCCUCCGCUUCCACAGCUGCGUCGAGUGCAGACAACGCAAGAUCCGAUGCCUGUGGCCGAGUGAAGAUGCUGAAGUCUGCAAUAACUGUCUCGAAAAGCGACGCAGAUGCGUGCCUCAGCAGGUCUUAAGCAAGGACCCCGGUGCGUUGAGACUGACCUCUAGAGACCGCAUUGCCAAAUUAGAAAGCAAUGUCUCGUCGCUUUGGAAGCUCGUCCGCAGUCUCGAAAAUAGGCUGGCGGCUCAUGAUGGACACCAUCCGAACCCGACAGUUGAGCCCGACGCUGUCGUUGAGCACAUGGCUGAGGCUGGCUAUGAUACCGAGUCGAGCGACGAGACCUCCGCAGCCAACCAACCGACCCAUCUCCGUCAGCUGUUCCAAGACGGACCGCUGGACUGGAAGGAACACCCUGCCCCAGAUACGCCGCAGCGGCUAAUGCGGCACGCUUCGGUAGGCCGACAACAACGAGCGCGUGGCGCACUGCGCAAGAUCUUGCCAUCUAGAGAAGAAGCUGCGGCGAUUGCGGACCAGUCUACGACCUGGAUCGGCUUGAAUGAGUCGCUCUUUUCCAUAGGACACAUUCCCGCUGACAAGGCCGCAAUCUCCAGACGGUGGGAAAGCGCACAUGAAGACAGUGCUGAGCCGACUGAAAUCGCUAUGCUAUUACUGACGCUCGCCUUGACCGCCGUCCAAAUGCCAGCGGAUGCCAUGCCGAAGUCACCCAUUGGUUUGAUGCACGGACAUGACUUCGUGCAUAGCGUAUCUGACGCUGUAGAGUCGCUCAUAGUGCAAGAUGACACACUGGCUGCCUCCAUAGACGGGCUCGAGGUUUCCAUUAUCUGGGCGCGAUUACAACUCGUUGUUGGGAAGAUCUCAAAGAUGUGGCUAACGCUCCGCCGUGUCGUAGCUCUGGCCGAGCUAAUCGGCCUGCCUCGUGCAUCUAACAAGGUGCCCGCAUCCAUGGCUCCGACGCCACCAGAGGACGGAGCCCGCAAGGCCGAAGCAGCCAUGACCUGGCGUGCCAUCUGCGUCGUUGAUAGGCUAUGCGCCAUGAUGUUCAACCUACCCUCGGGCACCACGAACUAUCCAUUAAUCACUGACGAACCUGUAAUACAGGAUGGCGAGCUCGUGCCUCGCCUCUAUAUGGCACAGCUGGCAGACAUCUCCAUCGGCGUACAGGACAUUGAUCAUCUAUAUGCCUCGGGUAUAUCAUCGGCGGAGCUUUGUGACAAAGUGCUCAAGGUUGACCAGCAACUACGCCAUCUCGCAAGCUUGGCACCUCCAGCCUUCUGGGCGCAGGAUGCUGACGUUUUGACACCUUCCAGCAUCCUGCACCAGUUUCACAGAUACUUGACCGCACGUACCCACAUACAGCUUGCCUUGAAGAACGGUGCUGGAAGCCAAUACGCAUAUAGCUACGUAGUGUGCAGCGAGGCUUGCACCACGUACGCCCGUCGCUACACUACCGUUCGUAGGCUUCUGCCACGCGGCUUCUUCGCGUCUCGCGUUUUGGAUCUGCAAGCACUUACAGCGGCCGUGUUUCUGGUCCACAAGCGGCACCUUCCACAAGUGACCAUGGGGAUGCCUUCAAUUCAGAACUCGGCCGAAGACGCCGAGCUGAUUGAGCAGGUUAUCCAGACCAUGGAGGACGCCGCACCACACGCAGGAGGCGACUAUGCACGACAAGCAGCCCAGACAUUACGCUCGAUGAACGCUCUGCUGGACGACACAAACAGUAUGAACAGUGGGGAUGAGCCUCAUACGUUGACUAUGCGCGUACCACUACUAGGACGUGUGCACGUAAGUCGGCGUCCACUUCCGCGGAGCAGCGAUGGAGUGCUGGUCGACCAGCAGGCAGGUCCGUCACAGAUUCAGCUCGAUGGUAUGCCAUCGGCGCAACACAAUACGUUGGGGUAUAGCUUGCCUCAGCAGCCACAGCCAGUCAGCAAUGUGUACAAUGGUUCUGAGAGCAUGCCAUGGUCGAUGGAAAUCUCGGACGUACUUCCCUUUCUCGCAGACAGCAAUCUCGGCGCGGACCAGUGGCUGCCGUUGGGAGACGGUCUGGGCGCAUCGUUAUGAGAAUCAGGUUGGUCUUCGGCUCCUUCAACCACGAAAGCGACUAGCCACCGGUGAGCGGUACUCUGCCGAAAGCAUUCCAUCUUUUCACUCAGCUGCUUAGUCUUAUCGUUUUCCGCCCAACAUGCUGGCAGUACUGAGCGCGAACCUAGAAAGGCAAGGACGAUGGAUGCAAACCGCAAAGAGCACGGCAGCGAUACGGUCGCAAUUGGCGGGAGUGGUAGGACUGCUACAGUCAUAGCGCAACCGCCGGAAAGGCC